AGUGAAAGUGAUGGACGCAUUAGUUGGUUCAGGGACGGGCCACGAAAGCAAUCACAACAAGAAAGCGGCAGCAUCCCGCCUCGUCGCCCGGCUGCCUGCCUUCUGAACCGGUGGGCAGGCGUGGUCUCCCUGCCGACUUCCGCACUUAACCUUCUGCCUGUGGGCGAGCUCUGUCGGUGGGCUUGGGAUCGCAAUCAAGACUGUAGGAUCGCUUGCAUGCUUUUUGUCUUGACAUAUAUUUUAUCAGCAUUAUUAUUUUAGGCGUGCUUUUUUUUGCAGGCUGUUAUCAAGCUAGCUAUAAUAAUAUGGUUGUGUUGACCAACGCUACUACUACCAGUAACAGCAAUGAAGCGCUGGAUUACAUCCUGGUAGCCGAGCGCAGCGCGUCCGCGCCGAGCUCCCCGUCCAAGCGAGUGUCGCCGGCCAAGAAGAAGCAGUUCUUCAUCAAUCAGGCCAUCCGCAACUCGGACCUCAUCCCACGGGCCAAAGGCAGGAAGAGCUUGCAGCGCCAGGAGAACUCUCGAUAUCUGGCUAAUUUGCUAGAGAGGGAUGAGUGCUCCAAAGAUGAAGCGGACACGAGCAGAGAGCCUGCAGCCCCCUCCAUAUUCACAGAGGCCUGUACCAAUAGCAGUUACAUCCAGUCAUGGAAUGAUUUUAUGAAUCGUUCCGGAGAUGAACAGGACAAGCUGCUGGCUCUGUUGGAGGAGAAGGCAGGAAAGAGCUGCUCCGAAAGGCUGCCUAAGGAUCAGAGAGAAUUGGAUCCAGCCCACACUGCUCAGGACUGCUUCCAGCGGAUCGACCGGAGGCUUCGCACUGCACUCAAGAGGCGACACGUCCCCAUGGGGAUGCUGGAGGUGCUGGAAGAAGAUCUGCUGCGUUUUUUUGUGGCUCAUCCUCGCUCUGUUUACACCACAAAACUGGCCAGCAGCUAUGAGAGACUGCUGCUUCACGCUGUCUGCCAGUACAUGGACCUUGUGUCCGCAAGUAAGUUCUGUAACCUGACUGUGUGCCGUCUGGCGUUUCAGGAUUUUCCUGCUGAAAGAAUUGACUGGUUUUCAGGCAAAGGUAUCAACCACAACGGUGAUCGUCAAACCAAGGUUGUGAACAAACAGGAUGAGUUCUCACCCCCAAAACCUCUGCUGUCCACAUACCUGGAGCAGAUGAGCUGAGAGCGGAGCGCGGAGCGCGGCCUGACCGUGACCACCAACUUCACAGAUUGUUACGCCAAUAAUCGCUUGUCACUUGUGUUUGGAGCAAAGAGAUGGUAACUUGUUCCCUGUGAUCUUGGCUUCUUGGUUUGACCAGGAAGAGCUCUGAGCCAUAGAUGGGGGAAACAAGGCUGGUCACCUUUUACACAAUCCAUUCAAUUAUUCAUUCUGUGGGACAUUAACAUGUUUUAAUUGAAUUUGCCGCCAGGUCAGAGCCACACAUAAGUUGCACAAAUGUGAUUGUCCAAAGCAGACUUAAUGUAUGUUUUUUUGUGAAAGGUAAUUUACAUUAUUAUAAGUCAUAGAAAACCUCCAGGUUCUUCAGUCUUGUUUUUCAGUGGGUGGGAGUUGUUUUUUUUUGAGUUUUCCCUUGUCAUCCGGUCAGUAUAUCUUUACACAAUUACUGUUCCUGUCUGCAAGGAAUAUGCAGAUAAGUUUGGUAAACAUAAUGGCAGUGAUUUCCAAAAUCUGAUUUAAAGUGCUUCUUUUAAUAAGGUUAAAUCUAAUUUAACUAUAGAGGGUAAUACCAAGUAUGAUUGUGAUUUGUAAAGCAGUUCAAUCUUGAAUUGUAAUUGAUUUUAUGCUGCAUAAUGGUAAUUUUUAAGUUAAAGUAUGACAACCUAAAACAUGAAUACCUUUGUAGGGUUAACCUGGUUUGCCUUUUUGACUGGAAUUGUGGUGAAAUUGACAAACAGCUGUAUCUUCUCAGGCAGAAAUUUUAAAAAAUCUUGUGACAUUAACCUAUGGUGCUGUUUUUACACUUGCAUCUUACUCAGAUGUCUGGAAAAUAAUUUGUGUUGCAGUGAAAGCAGCUGUGAACAGACUUUGUGUCUAUCUGCCAGUUAUAGGUUUAAUAGAAGUGAAUGUAACUUGUACAGCUGUUUAUCCAGAUACCCCAUGUGGUGCUUUAUUUCUGUGUGAUCAGCUUGUUUUUUUUUUUUUAUCACAGCUCAGUGUGUUACAUCAUUGGGUUUCUAAUGCAGUCUUUGGUAUCCAAUACAGGAAAUAAGCACUUGUCCCAGAGAGUUAAUAAUGAAAUUGAGAUCCAGGUACUGCAUUGGCAGUUUUACAUACAUGCACACAUGCGUGAAUGUAUUGUUUACAUUCUACCUGUAAAAAGAUGGCUGCAUAUGUGUAUGGUUUAUAAAUAUCGCACAUACACACACACACACUGUCCUUCCAGAAGCACUUGGACACGCAAUUAUCAUAUAUAAAAUGUUUCGAUCACCUUGUGGCCUUAACGACUGCUUCACUGUAGUUCAGAGGCGUGUGGUAUGAGCUGGCUAUAAACCUUGAAUCAUUGUGGUGUCCAACACCUUGAGAUCUUUGGUAAGAUCGCUCUCAUGCUCGUGCUCCUAUGAGUCCCAGCGAUGAUCUGCAGCUGCUUCAUUCUACUGCGCUUAUUCGCCGCAAACGAAAAUAGUUGACCGUUGUCCCAUUUGUCUUCCUUCAGAGGCAUGUCCCAUGACUUUUGAUUGGAUGCUAUUAAAUGUGGAUGUGUUUAAUGGAGCUGAUUUUGAAAGUAUUGAUUGUUUAAUAUUCAGAAAGAUUUGUGACCUGUCAGUGCCCUGUGGCCUAAACCAAAGUUAAAGGUAUGUCAACUUUACCUUCAUGCUGUUGGGUUUAAAAAUACAAAAUGUACUUCAUGGUUUCCUGAGGUUUUAGUUUUUAGUUCCCUUUUUCAGCCAUGCUUGUGUCUUUUAAUAGUGGUACUGGCAGGUAAUUGUUUCAACCAGUUAUGAGCUUUAAGCAUGUAACUAUAUUCUAAUUUGCACUUUUUUGCCAAACAUUGUUGCAUCAUCAAUCCACAUAGUAUCGGCACCAUUGGUAACAUCAUAUAAAGGAUCUUUUUUGUGUAUGAAAUAAGCUUUGGAUUUUAAUUUAUUGUGGGGUGUUCAUGUACGUAACUGAAGUGAUCUUAAAAUGAUUUCACGUCAGCGAUAAAUGAGAACAUUGUAGUUAAUGUAUUGUCAGAUGUUUGGUGUUUUUUUUUCCUUUUGUAGACCAGUGUUUAUCUGUCCUGAGUAAUUUAUCAUUAAAUAAAAUAUUUCAGAAAAUU